GCCAAGCGCGGAAGCGUCGCGCGCGCGGGGCCGGCCGGCGCUGUCGGCGGGUGUUUUACGGCCGCGCUUGGCGGCGGCGGAGCGGGAGCGGCCCGGGCGGGCGGACAUGGCCGAGGUUCCGCCGGGGCCUAGCAGCGUCCUGUCCCCGCAGGGGGACACGCUCUCCCCCUUCCCCGCGGGAGGAGGAGGAGGGGGGGCCGCUUCCUCCUCCUCCUCCGCUGCCGCCGCCGCCUCCUAUGCCGCCGCCGCCGCCGCCUGCACCGGCGCCCAGGACGAGGAGGCCGAAGAGGAGGAGGAGGAGGAGGAAGAGGAGGGACCCGCGGGCGGCCGGGAGCGGGAGCAGCAGCGAGGAGGAGGAGGAGGAGGAAGCGGCGACAAGGGGGCCCCGCAGCACCGGCACCACCACCGCCACCACCACCCCCCGCACCACAACCACCAGCUCAACGGCCUCAUCAGCCCCGAGCUGCGGCACCUGCGGGCCUCCCUCAAGGGCAAGAUCCUGGGCGCGGAGGCCGCGGCGGCCCCCGAGGGGCUGGAGAACAAGCGAGCCAGCAAAACAAUGGGCUCGGGACAGCAGCAGCAGCCGCCCCCCGCCGCCGCCCCCGCCGCGGCGCCCUGCUCGGCCCCCCACGCCAACCACCUCCCUCCCCAGGGAAGGACUGCACCCUCUCCUCCUCCUGCUGCUUCCCCCCCUGGAAAAGGGGACAGGAGCCAGCCUGCUGCCACCACCGCGACCGCCGCUGCUGCUGCUAAGACUGCAGCCCGCAAUGGGCUGGCGGGAGAGACUGGCUUGGAGGAGGAAGAGCAGGAGGAGGGGGAUGAAGGAGGGGAGGAGGAGGAGGAGUCCCUGCAGCUCCUCUCCGGGUCCUUAGCGGCUGCCUGCAGUUUGAAAGGCUCGGGAACGGACUGUCAGCCCGAGGAGGACCUAACGAUACGAUACGUCCAGUACGAGUCAGAGCUGCAGAUGCCCGAUAUCAUGAGACUGAUCACCAAAGAUCUGUCUGAACCCUACUCCAUUUACACUUAUAGGUAUUUUAUCCACAACUGGCCACAACUUUGCUUUUUGGCCAUGGUAGGGGAGGAGUGUGUAGGUGCCAUCGUCUGCAAGCUGGAUAUGCACAAAAAGAUGUUCCGCAGAGGUUAUAUAGCCAUGUUAGCAGUGGAUUCCAAAUACAGAAGAAAAGGAAUUGGUACAAACUUGGUUAAGAAAGCUAUUUAUGCUAUGGUUGAAGGAGAUUGUGACGAGGUCGUAUUGGAAACAGAAAUCACAAAUAAGUCUGCUUUGAAACUUUAUGAAAACCUUGGUUUUGUGCGAGACAAGAGGCUGUUCAGAUACUAUUUAAACGGAGUUGAUGCACUGCGUCUGAAACUAUGGCUGCGUUAGGAGAGCCCAUCCCACGGGAGCGACCGCCGGCCCCGGCAGCGCAGAGUCGGCCUUUGCAUGCCAAGCAAUUUGUUCCCAAAAUUGCUUUGCAGGUGGACUUAGUGAUUCCCAUGCAGCUCUUAAAAAAAAAAAAAAAAAAAACAAAAACCUGUCAGUGUCCCAUUGAGUGUCGCACAUUUUCGUUGCACUUUGGCAUGGCGCGUUUGUUCCGAAUUAAAGCCGGUUCUUUCCGA